GUCUUGUUCCUCAACAGGGUGGCGCCGACUCCUUUUCGUCCGUCAUUGCUUUGUCAGCGUUGGUGUCAUUUUCAGACUUGACUCUCGCACUGUGUCAAUCUUGUAUCUUGAAGUGUUCUACACAAUGACACUGCGACCACUGUCUGUGGCCCUGUAUGUUCCCGAUGCCUGCGCCGGUUUAACGAAAACCUCGGUACGCACGGCCAAGACCAUUGAGAGUCCUCAGACCUCGUGUCCAGCUGAAUUCGAGGUGCACCGGAACCUCCGGUACCACAUCAAGGUGCUGUCGCUGAGCUCGGUUACACACCUCGAGAUUGACGGAGACGAGGUGCUAUAGCUGGCGACCGAGCCAUCUGUCGAGCCCGUCUCUUGUCCAAACGAUCGAGCCAAGGACGUGCGAUUACUUCACUGUGCAGCUGGCCGGACGGCUUCCAAGGCAGCAAAUGCCUGUUUGGAACAAAACAUUCUACCAUACUUCGAGCCGCCCGUCGUCGCUUAAAUUGAUGCUGUUGCUGUGGUUCGUAUUGCCACAUCCACAUCUCAAGAGGUGGCCCUCUGCUUGGUGAUUCUCCAUCGCUUCGCGCUAUUGACCUUGACCACCUUUCGUCGGCUCCAGCCACGUGUGACCGAAUGUUUGGCCUAGCGUCCAGGCUCCUGUCAAGAUUGGGGAAUACUACUUGUGACAGGCGGUCGAAAGUGACAGGGAAAAGCGGCGUGUUCAUCCAAGCAGACGAUGAUGCGAUUGAACUUUUGGGGUGCUAACAACUGCAAAAACGUAUGUCACGCGCGGGCUUCCGGGUUGGGAAAGUCAGUGUCGAGGUCGAAACCCAGAGUUUCCACCUUCGGUCGUGGCUCAGCACCAUCACAGAGCCCACUCCUUAAGAAGCUGGCGGCUUAUGUGAGGGAGUUGCUGUAUCAAUUGGGAAGACGACUCCUCUGCACGCCAUAUGUUUGAGGCCUGAUCACGUGGUCCUAUCUCCACCAACAUACUUGGUCUUCUAGUUUCGGCAGUUCACUGUCCCCAGGCUUGCAGGAGGCAAGGAUCCCGGGGGCAACAUCCAUCAUGUAGCCUAGGCUGCGCCGACAGCCAAAAGCAGUGAGGAGAUGUUGAUGUGAUCGAUGCUUCCUUGCCGCCAACCGAAGACACGGACGAUCUGGUCCGACGACUCUGCGACAGAAUGACGAUGCCCUUUAGGCAUCGGGCCCAGACACAGUCAGAGCAACUUUGAAAGAUCUUCUCCUGCCACAUUGAUCGAACGGACCUACCAAUCUAAAGGGGGACGGAAAAUAACUUUUGUGAAAAGGAUAUGUAUGAGAUCUGGACGUGGAAGGCCCUGCAUAAGACUGACCACGAGUUUCCUUAUUCGGCGGCCAGAAGCUGCACAAGGCUGACGUCUGGGUACCCAAUUCGGCAGGAUUCAGGCCGUACAUGAUUCCAAAACCAUUGUGGAUCCAAAUGUCUGUUACCGACAAACAAGCAACCACCUUGGAAGAGGUCGACCAAAUUUCGAGGGUAUAAAGCAUGUGGUUCAUGCCAUGACUGUUCUCAUCUCCAGUCCGAGGAAAUCGCUCAUUAUCUUCCUACAUCUCAGGGAAGGACGUGGAAAUCAUAGCGACAUGGCUACAAAGAACGUUGUUCGGAUCACCAAGGUUUCUCCUGCCUACUGGCGAGCCACCAUCAGCAACCCCCCGCUCAAUAUAUUCGAUCCGCACGUGUACGCCAGCCUGCGACUGCUGCUCGACGCUCUCGAAAAGGACCCACACGUGCGCGUGGUCGUCUUUGACAGCGACGUGCCCGAGUACUUCUGCGCGCACUACGACAUGGCCUGGCCCGCGGCCGGGGUCGACAUCCCGGGAUACGCUCCCGUGAGGGGCGACUGGCCGACCUUUGUGCACCGGCUCAGCAACCUGCGCGUCGCCAGCAUCGCCUCGAUCCGCGGCCGCGUGCGCGGCAUCGGCAGCGAGUUCGUCCUGGCCUGCGACAUGCGCUUCGCCAGCCGCGAGAAGGCCGUCCUGGGCCAGCCCGAGGUCGGCGCGGGCGUGGCCCCCGGCGGAGGGGCUCUGGAGUGGCUGCCCCGGCUGUGCGGCCGGUCGCGCACCCUGGAGAUCGUGCUGGGGAGCGACGACUUUGACGCGUCCACCGCCGAGCUGUACGGCUGGGUCAACCGCGCCGUGCCGGACGCCGAGCUGGACCGGUUUGUCGACACCCUCGCGCGCCGGAUCGCCGGGUUCGACACCUUCCCGCUCGAGGGCGUCAAGCGGGUCGUGAACCAGCGCGCCGGCGUGGCCAAUUUCGCCGACCUGCACGAGUCGGGCCUCCUCUUUGGCCGCUGUGUCGACACCCCCGAGACCCAGCGCCGAGUGAAGAACCUCUUCGCCGCCGGGUUGCAGCAGGAUGGAGAGACGGAGCGGAACCUCGGACACGCCCUGUCGCAGGUCACUUCGGAUUGAGUAUUCAGCCCGCAGCGUAGAGGAGGUUGACUUUUCAGAGGUCUUUCGUACUUGCAUGGAUGACUCCAUAGGGAUCUCAGCCUGUGCUAGGGACAACGUCCAUCCAUCACCUCCUAGAUGGCUAUGUGUGCCUCAUCGCAGGGAACUCACCACGAAAUGACUCGAGCUUUUGAUGGAAGUCGUAUGUAGCUUGCCAGAGUAAUCCACGGAAAAAACAGAGUAUGAGGUUUCCCUCGCGCUCAGGCCUGUAUGUACCGUGAAGGGUGCUCGGUACGUGUAUUUAAUCCACGCUCCCGGCAAGGGGAGACUGCUGGGUACGUUGCAGAUCCCAACACCAUUACGAAG